UAAUUUCCAGGAGAUCUAUAGACGUUUGAUUGGUUUACCAUGAUAUCAUCAACGACGGUGAACGAUGAUUUGUUUCACAGAUCAAACCGCAUACAAGUCCGGUAUCAAUUUUUUCUGAGGGCUACUGGUCUUACCACAUCAGCGUGCGCUGAGAUCCAGGCAUCCAGCGCCUAGAAGCUCUCUCCUUGCUUCCUCUCGGCUCAGGUAAGGCGGAGCCUAGAGGAUCUUAGGAAUCUGGUUCUAUCCAUCUUCAGGACUUCAGGUUUCCGAAGGAAAAAUUGAGAACAGAAUAAGAACAAAAAUGUCUUUAACGUGUGUGAAAAUGUCGGAAGAUGUCUGGUUAACAUGCCUUACGCAUGCAUUGUCUACGGAGACAGAAGAAAUCAUGGGUCUUCUUCUCGGAGACAUCCAGUACUUAAACAAUGGGAGUGCAACCGCACUAAUCUGGGGAGCAUCACCUCAGACGCGGUCUGAUCGUCGCAAGGAUCGGGUAGAGACUAAUCCAGAACAAUUAGCUGCUGCAUCAGCUCAGGCUGAGAGAAUGACACUGGCAACAGGAAGAACAACAAGAGUGAUUGGGUGGUAUCAUUCACAUCCACACAUUACAGUUCUUCCAUCCCAUGUCGAUGUUCGGACCCAGGCCAUGUAUCAACUUUUAGAUUCUGGGUUCAUUGGAUUGAUAUUUUCUUGUUUCAGUGAAGAUGCUCACAAGGUUGGAAGAAUCCAGGUCAUUGCGUUCCAGUCCUUGGAUGGGAAGCAGAAGCAUGUGUCAAGACCAGUUUCUGUAUCCCCUGUUAAUAGCAGUUCAAUUAUAGAGGUAGACUCAUCUUGGAAUUCUUCAGAGAAUGUUGCAACAAGAUCUGGCUCUGUCAGGACAGAAAGCCUUGAACAGGAUACUGCUGAUUCAAGAACUACCAUGAGACCUUCUAAAGGUGUAGGAAGAGCAUCAGACUUGGAAGGUUUUUUUGCUCAUGCUGAUGUCAACUAUCUUGGGAAAGAGAAAAUGGGAGGAAACUACCAUGCUGACAACCUACAAAAUGCCAUUGUUGAUGUAGACUCCAUGGACAUGACUGCAAGUAUGCAGGAGGCAAUGCACCGGUCAAAUUUGGACAUGAGUGGUGCAGAAUAUGUCAGGAAGGAAAUUCCUUUGAUAGUCUCGCCAACAUCAUCUCUUUUAAAGCUCGAUUCUCCUUUAACUUCAUUCAUGGAGUUGCAGCGGGUAUUGUUUGAGGAGGAGAGGGCAGCAUAUAACCAAGCCAUUUUACAGAAUAUGCGGGAUGGGAAGAUACAUCCCCUCGCCUUCAUCCAUCACACAUCAACAUACCAGGCUUCAAUGUGCAAGUUAAUGGAGUAUUGUUUAAGUCCUGCUAUAAGUGCUCUUCAGGACCGUUUGAGAGAAAAUGAAAUUAGGUUGGCCAUGCUGACGGAGGAAGCUAAGACAUUGGAGAUCGAUGCAAUCAGAGGGAGUGAAUCAAAUAUGGAGUCUACUAGGAAUUAUCCUACUCAUGGGCAUCGGGGCAGUCCACAACUGGGUCAGAGGGAUUCUUAUAAUUCUUCAGACUCGACUAGUCAGAGGUCUCCUGUUGGCAUCAGUAGCCGGAGUAGAAAAGGUUCUUAAUGUAAGACAUUCAUGUUUCCUUUUGAGGCAUUAUGCAAGUCUUGUUUCUUGUGCUGCACCUCCCCUUCUUUUCCCUUGUUUUUGUAACUUGCAGAUGCUUGGUAAGAUCUAAGAUGCUCAAAUUGUACUAUAUUAGAACACUAUUUAGGGGUUGAAAUAUGGUUGUUCCAUAUCUUGUAAAUGAAAGAUUCAGGAUUCAAACACCUCUCCUCUUCCACCCCCUUUUUUCUUGAAGUUGGGUGGAAAGAUUAAAAAGGGGCGACGCCCAUGUACAAAGGGCCAUGUCUUUUAUGACAAAACUCCUCAAACUUCAAGAACUACUUGAAUGUUAAUUUCA